AUGACAACCCUUCAGGCAGCUCCUUUAGAACCCUUCUCAGACUCCUCCAUUUCCGAUAGAGUCACUGAUGUCUUCCCCUUCCUGCAGUUGCCUCGCGAGCUUCGGGAUCAGAUUUACAAUAAUGUCCUCGACAACCUCGAUACCCGAGGCGUCGAAGCCGCUCGGAUCGAACGCCGCCAUCUCGUACACUUCGAGCCCACAGCUGCCAAUUUCCUCGUAGUCCUCCACCACGAUAGCAUUUGUCUCAACCGCCAAGUGGCCGCUGAGGCCCUCGAAGUGCUGCUCAAACACCAUACCGUCUUCUUGAGCUGUGGACCAUUCGUUCUCAAAAAGCUACUCCUUCUUAUUGCAGAAUCUGAUCCCGGGAAGACAUGGCUGAAGUGGCUGCGGAAGAUUGAGUUGGACUGGGUCACUUUCCCCAACCUACGCUGGUAUCCGCCUAGCAGAACUGAGAGAGAGUCGUGGUGGACUAUUGUUGACAAAGACAUCCAGAAUGAAUAUGUACAUGGUACGCGGAGUAACGGGAAUUACAAUGAAGAAUAUCUAUGGGAUUACGAUGGCGAAGGCUACGACGAUAAUUUCUAUGAAGCAGCAAACAUGAGUCUUCACCCUUCGCUGGAUCACGGACCGGCUCUCCCGACCUCAGACGACGAUCCCUUUGGUAUCUCGACCCACUAUCCCUUCUCAGACCCCGCUGAAGAACCCACAUACGAUGUCGAGACGCAAGAUGAAUUGUAUACAAAGCUGGAUCUGCUUAUUGACUUGGAAGUACGACCUCUCUUCGCCUACCUCUCUACUUCCGUCUUCGCGCUCUCAAGUAUCACGAUCCCCUUGUACUUCAUCUCCAAACCCUCGCUACAGCACCGCCAUAUCACACGCCCGGGAUCAUCUCUUCCAUUGAGACUCAGGUACUGGGUCCAGGUGGUGGUUCACGCUCUUCUGAUGCUCAACCCACUGUCUGGCGACACCCCGGCCAAACUGGACGAAGUGCGAGUCAAGUACAUGUCUAAGGAUGUAUGGGCCGCUAUGGAGCCCUGCGAUGACCUCACGAGAAUGGCGAAGGACGGUAUUUUCCCGAAUGACGAUGAUGAGGAUAGGGAGGGCGAGGGCGAAGCAUUUAAAGCCGUGAAAGCCGAGCUAGCGAAGAGAGGUGUCAAGAUCGAGGAAGAGCUAGAUGUCAAGGUCAAACUAGUCCGAUGGCAGGGAGACCUGGAUAUGUGGAAAGUUGGAGAUGAAUUAGAUGUCACCUUUACACGGGCGGAUAAAGCCAAUCGACCCCCUACGGCUACAGAGAAAGUUCUGGAGUCUUCAAUCCCCUGA